GUAAAAAUGUAAACAAAGCAGGCAUUAAAUCAAUGUCUUAAAGUCUCUACAUAAAAUUUUGAAAUACUCUUCAAAUACCUAAACAACAGUCAAUUAUUACCUCUUAAAAAUGUCUGGACGCGAGGGCGGUAAGAAAAAGCCUUUAAAAGCCCCCAAGAAGGACACCAAGGACCUAGACGAGGAUGACAUGGCCUUCAAGCAGAAACAAAAAGAACAGGCAAAGGCCAUGGAUGCGGCCAAGGCAAAUGCCUCCAAAAAAGGACCUCUUGUAGGCGGUGGUAUUAAGAAGUCGGGCAAGAAGUAAAAUAUAAAUAAUAUGCAAGAUUUCGGAUACUGAAAGUAUCCCAAAAAUAUGGCACCAACUUUCAUAUUUACAAAGUCAAAAACGAACUGACCACUUGCUGGCACGUUUUACAAAUUAAUAAUUUCUUGGACUUGCCAAUGCCCUUUGUUCAUUUUAAAAAUUCAAUUUCAUAUUGUGUCAAUUUGUUCAUUUGAAUGCCCUCAAAAAGGUGUGAUUAAUGUCCCCCUCAAAAAAAGGCGAAUAAAAACAGGAGAGCAUUCCUUUGAAGUUCUGCAGACGGCA